GUUAUAAAGCGGUUUAAGGGUAUCAGUUGUGCCAUAAUCAUUUGAAGAUUUUGCAGGUCAAAACAGGAAUAAUUGUUAAAAUCGGAGAUGUUUAGAUCCGCUUUGGUAAUCCUUCUGCAGCUCGCACUAUAUGGACACUCGGCAGAUGAUUGGUGUUACACAGAUCCAGUGUGUGGACCUUCUACCUGGUAUCAUCAUUAUGCAAACUGCGAUAAAACAUCACAGUCACCCAUCAACAUUGACACAUCCGAAGCAGUUCCUGACUCCAGUCUGGGUGCUAUCCAAAUCAACGGAGCUGUAGGAUAUUCUGGCGCUAGGAUAACCAAUAAUGGACACUCAGUCGAAGUGACUCUGAACAAAGAAUAUACAUUAAGUGGUGCAGGUCUUGGCAAUCCAUACAAGUUGGCUGGAUUUCACUUACAUUUUGGUGAUCUAAAUUCCGAUGAAGUAGGAUCAGAACAUCGCAUCAACGGAAAAGGCUACCCACUGGAGGUUCACUUUGUGUUUUAUAACAUACAAUAUGAAGACUUAACAGAAGCCAAAACAAAGCCCAACGGUCUGGCAGUAGUCGGUGUACUUUUUCAAAUUAACACCGCUAAUGAAGCUUUAAAUGAAUUUAUCCAGCAACUUCCUCUAGUUGCCUACAAAGGUCAAGCAGUCUCAUCUUCUAUAGAUUUGGGUACAUUUCUGCCCUCUAAUUUGCAGAGUUAUUAUAAGUACCAAGGAUCCCUUACCACUCCAACCUGCUCAGAGAAUGUUACCUGGUUGGUCCUGGACUCCAUCCAGAAUCUUUCUUGGUCACAGUAUCAGUCGAUUGUCACUUCUCUCUAUUAUAACACAGUGGAUACAAUAGACCCAGAACCAAUGCAAAACAACUUUAGGCCCACACAGCCACUGAAUGGAAGGACAGUUUACCAUUCUGCAUGAACACCUGUGUAACUAUACUGGAAUCAAUGGAAGAAUGUGCGAAAUUGACAUUACAAUUGACCAUUAGGUAGCAAAAAGUAUGCAAUCAUGCAAAAAAAAAAAAAUAAAUCAGUGUGUAUGUCCAAAAUAAAGAAAAAGGACUAAUUCAAAAGUCAUUAUAUUGAAAAAGAGGCAUUUCUUUUAAAGCUUGCAAGUGAAGUGAACAUAAAAAUUGUUUUGGGGUUAAAAAGUUUAACCAAGAUGGAUCACUGUUCUAGCCUGUCAUGAAUAAAUGUAAUAUAUUCACACAUU